AUGGCAUCUCGACAACGACCUACUGAGUUGGCAACUUUGAAACGAAAAAUUGAAACUCGUUUUUUCGAUAAGAAGGUAAGCCCCGGUCGUCCUGUCGAACAAUUUAUUACUGAAUUAGAUGUCUUGCUUCAAAAUUUACACAAUAUAUCAACAGCCAAGCAACAUAGAAAUAUUCCAAGCUCAUCUCAAAAUGAAAAUCCUCCAAUAAUUAUAAGAAAGAAGAAAAAUUAUGGUCGAUUAGUCAAACGAUUGAGAUAUAAAUUAAAAUUGGCUGACACAAUAUUACGAAAGAGUGAUAAGUCUAAAGUAUUUCAUCUAGGUAAAUCCAUCGAUUAUCGUAAGAAAUCGGAUGAAUAUAUGGAGAAAACUAAAGCAUAUCAAUGUCUUGGUGUUAAUGAUCCAUUACCAGAUUUAAUUCGUCGUACCAAUAAAUAUCUUUUAGACUUACGCUUAGCCAAAUGGAUUAGUCAAAAACAAUAUGAACAAUUAAGUAUUAAUCUAAAUGACGUUGAGCUCGCUCAUCUAUAUUAUUUACCAAAAACUCAUAAACCUGGUACUCCGCUUCGUCCUAUAAUUUCUAGUUUGAAACAUCCGACGACAAAAAUUUCUAAAUUUCUUGAUGAUUUACUUCGACCUCUUUUUGAUCAAAUGUCUUCAAAGACAACGAUUAUUUCUGGCUUUGAACUAGUGAAACAUUUACAAAAAUGGUCACAUAAUAAUUUACGUCAAGAAACAUUAUUUUGUACUAUUGAUGUGGCUGAUCUUUACACGAUGGUACCACAAAUCGAAGGAGUAUUAUCAUUAAAGAAAAUGUUAGAUCAUCUAAAAUUAAAACAAAUGGGUGGUCUUAAAAUUGAAACAAUUAUUCGAUUAAGUCGAUUUGUUAUGAAGAAUAAUUAUUUCUCAUACGAUGACCAAUUUUAUCAUCAAAUUCGUGGUGGAGCUAUGGGUUCUCCACUUACUUUAACCAUGGCUAAUUGUUAUAUGUUCUUUUAUGAACAGCAAAUUAUAAAGCAAAUACAAAAUAGUGGUGGACUUUAUUUUAGAUACAUUGAUGAUAUAUUUAUAGCUAUAAAUUGGCCAGCUCGACAUUUAUUUAAACAAAUUGACAGAUGGAACCAUUUUGAUGAAAAUAUUAAAUUAUCAGAAAAUAUUGGUUCAACAGCUGAUUUUCUCGAUUUACAUAUCGAAAAUCAAGAUGGACAAUUAUUUACUACAAUUUAUCAGAAACCAUCUUAUGAACCAUAUUAUUUGCCAUUUAAUAGUAUACAUCCGUUACAUAUGAAGAAAAAUAUCAUAUUUACGAUGUUACUCCGUGUUAUUAGAUAUUGUUCAACAUUUCAAGCCUAUCUUGAUGAACGUGAAAAAUUACGAAUGGCACUUAUGGUUAAUAAAUAUCCAAAUAAAUUUAUCCAUGAACAGUUUAAUCUGGUCUUAUUAAAAUUAAAAAUAGAUCAGCCACUGACAUACAUUAAUUAUAAUAACUUCCGACAAAGAAUCAUACAUUCUCCUGUCAAAGAAACAGUACCAGUAGACUAUGGCAAAACAAUGUUUAUUCAUUUUACUUAUUGCUCAGGCAUGAAAACAUUUCCCAGUAAAUUUCAUGCUAUAUGGAACAAAUACUUUGGACAAUCACCAAUUAACGAAGUUGUACCAGUUCUUGGUACCCGUAAUGUAAAAAACUUACAAAGACGUUUAAUGCAUACAAGAUCAAUAAAUAUUGAUAUGUAA